UUAUUCCCCUUUAUACCAAUUUAAAAAUGGCGCGCUUUCUGGAUUGAACAUCCGGGCAAUUCAUUUGGUUUCUAUUUUGGAACUCAUCACCGCCAUUUUGAUUAUUUAGCAAUGAAAAUAUGUCCUUCGAUGGACAAAAUACUACACAGCUACACGUAGAAAAUGUCACUGAUUAUGCUCAACUGUUUAGUGGUGCAAUCUCCCAUGUGGCUCAUGUCACAGAAACCGGGGAAAUUGUGGCUCUGGUGGAGUCACACAUACUGGACCCGCAUCAGGAAAAUAUAGACCCUCAGACCGUACAGGUCCAACAGAUUCAGACAGAAGAUGGACAAGUCGUGGAGCAGCUGGUGUUCGAACAGAUUCCCAUCACUCACAUUAUCACCACGGAACAAUCAGCUGAACCCGAGGUUCCGAAGGUCAAGGCCAAAACCAAGGAGCCAAGGCAACCCAGCAUUAAGCCACCUGUUGGGAAGGGACCCUUUAAAUGUGAAACCUGUGAAAAGGUUUUCCCGAAGUGGCCUCAAUACCAGAAGCACAUGAAAGCCCACGACGAGGACAAGCCCUUUAGGUGCCCUCACUGUGCAAUGUCGUUCAACGUUGAGGACAAUCUGAGGCUUCAUGUGGCCACGCACGUCCCCACUGAUGGAGAACCCACCUGCCCCGAGUGUGGGAAGCGGUUUUCCCGGAUUGCCAGUCUGAAGGCCCACAUCAUGCUUCACGAGAAGGAGGAGAACCUAAUGUGUACGGAGUGCGGAGACGAAUUCAGUCUACAGAGCCAACUUGAUAGGCACAUGCAGGAGCACCGACAGGAGCAGGAAGGAAUGAAGACGUAUCCUUGUAGGCAGUGUACACAGGAAUUCACCAAGCCUAUCUUCCUGAAGGAGCACAUGAAACAACACUACAGAAUCAAGUCUUCCUUGGCCCACAGACCAUAUAAGAGAAAUGUUGACCGAUCAGCGUUCCAUUACAAAUGUCAAAACUGUGGAAAGACAUUCCAGAAACCCAGUCAGUUGCAUAGGCAUAAUCUCAUACACACAGGUGAACGUCCAUUUAAAUGUACGCAAUGCGAUAGAGCGUUCAAUCAAAAGGGGGCGCUGAGGAUCCACAUGAGUAAACACACUGGAGUUAAGCCCCAUCCCUGUGAUUUUUGCCCCAUGUCAUUUGCCCAAAGAGGAAAUUUACGAGCACACAUUCAGAGAGUACAUACUUUGGGAAGAGAUGGAGAGGAUGGCCCCACAUACCAGUGCUUUGAAUGUAGCUGUGUGUUUAAGAAGUUGGGCAGUUUAAAUGCUCAUAUCAGUCGUGCUCACCAGGACAGUGGGAUUCUUCCCACUCAGGUGGAAAUAAAGAACACUUUAAAUGAUGUUGUGAAUAUUAGCCAAGUUGGAGACAUGUCCAGCUCGGAGGACAUUUUACGACAAGCCUUGGAAAACAGCGGCCUUCCUAGCGGUUCUGAAGUGGUGUCUGCGGUAGAAAAUGUGCCUGUGUCCGGCUCAGCAGCCACCACAGUCCCUGUAUCAACCGUUACUUCCACUCCCACCACCACGGAGCCACUCCCGAUUGCACCAGACAACAUUAUACGUCCACCUCCCCAUUAUCCUCAGAAUAUCUCCACCAUGACGGUCCAUGACACAGCUACAGGUCUCGUUAAAAGACACGUCAUCAGAAAGGUGAACGGAGUGCGAUGGCAUCAGUGCACUUACUGCAGCAAAGAGUUCAAGAAACCCAGUGAUCUCGUGAGACAUAUCCGCAUUCACACACACGAGAAGCCUUAUAAAUGUACGCAGUGUUUCCGAGCAUUCGCAGUGAAGAGUACACUCACUGCCCACAUCAAGACACAUACAGGGGUUAAAGACUACAAAUGCCCUACUUGUGACAAAUUGUUCUCAACACAGGGAAGUCUGAAGGUUCAUCUGAGAAUGCAUACAGGUGCGAAGCCCUUUGAGUGUCCUCAGUGUGAAAAACUGUUCAGGACGUCUGCUCACAGAAAAUCUCACAUACAGUCUCACUUCAAAGAAAUGCAGGAGGAAGCUGAUGGGAGUCCAAGGAAGAGGGCUUUCAAAAGAAUAUCUCACAAAAUGGGCGAUCUCCCUGAUAUUCCAUUGCAGGAACCAAUACUCAUCACAGAUACAGGCCUGAUCCAGCAACCUUCACGACACAGUUUGUUCAGUCAGUAUCUGGGAGAAGCUGGUAGUGUGGACAGACCCUACAAGUGUGGAUUUUGUCAGAGGGGGUUCAAGAAAUCCAGUCAUCUCAAGCAGCAUAUUAGGUCACACACCGGGGAAAAGCCUUUCAAGUGUCUGCAGUGUACGAGAUCCUUUGUAUCCAGCGGCGUCUUGAAGGCUCACAUUAGAACCCAUACUGGUCUGAAAGCGUACAAGUGCCUGAUCUGUGACAGCAUGUUCACAACUAAUGGCAGCCUGAAACGUCACAUGUCCACUCACAGUGAGGUCCGCCCCUUCAUGUGUCCGUACUGUCAGAAGACUUUCAAAACGAGUGUCAACUGCAAGAAACACAUGAAAACACACAGACACGAGCUAGCAAUACAGGCUUUACAGACCGGAGAACAGGAUGAUGCAAAACCUCUAGUGACCGAGAAAGAGAAGGAAUCCGAACAGAAUCUGGUUAUUGAGAACCAGAUGGUAGAACUGGGCUUUACUCAGCAGGAGCUGACAGUUCCGACCUCCGGAACACAGGGUGACCUAGGACAACAGUCUAUCUUAGCUGCUGAUUCCUUGGAUAACUUCCAACAAGCUCUAAAUCAGCAGUUGUUUGGACAACAGCAGACAUUUACACAGAGUCUGCUAGGUACAGGCCAGCAAAAUUUCAGUCAGCUCAACUCCCAGAUGAGUGCACAGACUACUGAGGGUCCGAUUAAUGGAGCUUCCAGCAACCAGUUAAACAAUGGGAACCAGUUUAACACCCUGAAUAACCAAGUAGAUGCUCAAGUGCCUACCCAAUUAAACACUCAGAUUGGAGGAUUUAACCAGAACCAAUUCAAUAUGCAGAACCAAUCACUCCAGAACAACCUUGACAUCAAUAACCUUCAAGCGACCUUCAGCUCUCAAGGAGUGACUUCUCUGACGACCAGUCUCCCCAGCACUUCCAUGCAGAACAUACUUCCUACAAGCGACCUCCCUCUUCCUGAAGCAGAAGAACCGGAGACUGUGUCAGAGACCGAACAGCCCAGUGCAGUGAUACAUCGACAGAGAAUAGAACCGGAGCAGACCUUCGAGACGCUGACUGGACACAGCCGGAAGUCAUACCGAUGUGAUAUCUGUGUUAACAAGGUCUUCAAGAAGCUCAGCCACCUCAAACAACAUUACAGAUCACACACCGGAGAAAAGCCAUUCAAAUGUAUCAAUUGUGACAAGCAGUUUGUGUCAUCUGGUGUGUUAAAGGCCCAUAUGAAAACCCAUAUGGGAUCUAAGGAUUUCCAUUGUGAAAUCUGCCAAGCUGCCUUCACUACCAAUGGAUCUUUGACUCGUCACAUGACUGUUCACGUGUCCUACACUAAUCGCCCAUUCAAAUGUAGUGCUUGUGAUCAGACAUUUAGAACCGCCAGUCAGUGUAAGCGACACGAGAAACAGCAUAGGCCAGAUUAUGGUGAAGAGCCCCAGACAUCUACCCGUGUUAGGAAACAAGCUGUGGUGCAGGUGUCUGAGGAGCAGACAGAGGCUUUAACCAGAGGCAACCAGGAACAGGAAGAUCUGUCCGUGUCCGAAAAGAUUCUAUUGGAGUCCGCGAAGAAGGGAGAAUCUCUUCAGAAGAAUGAUGAAGAGAGUCAUGAGCAGCAUCAAUCCGGAAAACAUCCCCAUCAGUGUUCACACUGUACCAAGUCCUUCAAGAAACCCAGCGACCUUGUGCGACACAUCCGAAUCCACACGGGUGAAAAACCCUACAUUUGUGAUAUCUGCAGCCGUUCUUUCACAGUCAAAUCAACUCUUGACAGCCACAUGAAAACACAUGGGACCAACCACAAAAAGUUUAGCUGUCAUAUAUGCUGUUCAAGAUUUUCUACAAAGGGAAGUUUGAAGGUUCACAUGCGUUUACACACUGGUGCCAAGCCUUUCAAGUGCCCCCACUGCGACCUGAGAUUUAGAACAUCAGGACACAGAAAGAGCCACAUUGUGGGUCACUUAAAACCAGACCUGCCGAAGAAGAGGAAAGUGAACUUUAUCCAUGACGAUGACCAGUCCAGCCAGUCGCAGCACAUCAACAUGAUCAGUGUCCCUGACAUUCAGAAUGUGAUGAGUACUAGCCAGGCCAAUGGUCAGGUGAUCAAUAUUGAACCCACUGUAUUCCAGUCUCCCAACAUACUACCAGUGUCUCUGUCCUUGGCGGACAACAUGGGUCAGAUACAAGAGAGCACUCUGGCCGCCCACGUCCUGCAGGGACUAGACAAUGUCCAGCUACAGCUGACCGGCAAUGUGGGACAGGGUGGGAUACAGAUCACUGGACUGGACCCCAGUAUUUUCUCUCAGACCGUUCAGAUUGAUGCUAGCCUACUGCAGCAGCUACAACAACAAGGCAAUGUUAACAUCACUCUGAACCCUAAUGUACUUGCUCAGGGUAUGCAGGUGGCGGAUCCCAACCUCGUGCAGGGCCUACAGAUUCAGACAGUUGGAGACCAGGCAGGACAAAGUGUCUUAACUCAGCCCACAAUCAGCUUAGACAGCCAGCAGUCCAUCAUCCAGAUCCCAGCAGGACCACAAGAUGGCGCUCCCAACGCUUUUGUUGUUACCGCUGAUGGCACGCUAGCUACGGACCAACAGAUUACAGUGAACCAAGGUGACCUGCAGCAGGUCGAAGGCUUGGUAACUCAGAUUAACUCCGACUUGACACAGAAUAUCUCACAAGACAUCUCCCAGGAGAUUGAUCCGACAUCAGAAGGCAUAGAGAAGAUAGAGGUGGAGGGGGAUGAUGACGACCUGUCUGGAUUGGAUGAUUCUGAAGAAGAGGAGCCUUCGGAACACCUCGGGGCAGAUGAUUCGGAACACCUCGGAACUGUGGACGAUGACAACCCUACUCUUCUUGAGGAUUCAGAUGGUCAUCCAGAUGAUCAAGAUGGCUUGGCCCACGCUAGUGACACAUUGACUCACGGGAGUGAAUCCGCUAAUGUCAGUUUAAGUGAUGCUGUACAAGGAGUGGAAUCUCAGAAACAGUUUCCUUCUGAAAGGCAGCAUAUAUGUGGGGUAUGUCAUAAAGGGUUUAAGAGAGCCUGCCAUCUGAAAGAACACAUGAGUAUUCAUACCGCACCAAGUGGUGCUCGAAAGCAGUCCAAACCCUCAGUUAACAAAUGCUCGGAAUGUGAGAAAAGUUUCCAGAAACCAAGUCAGCUGGAGAGACAUUUCAGAAUUCACACAGGUGAACGGCCAUUUGUUUGUCAGAUCUGUAACAAAGCCUUCAAUCAGAAGAAUGCAUUGAACAUUCACAUCAAGAAACAUACUGGUGAAAAGCCUCAUAAAUGUGAUUAUUGUGAUCUCUCGUUAUCCCAGAAAGGCAAUCUCAAAACCCACAUCAAGAGGGCACACCACAUGGACAUGGUACGAAGUAUGAACCUACCAAAAACACUAUACGUUCCCCCCACAGCAGAGGGUCUGGAGGAAGAAAUGAAUUCUAAAGGUGAAGGGUCAAACACAGAGGAGGAUCCAAUCAAUUUGGAACAAGUGGCCCAGGAACUGUUUCCACAAUAACCAAUCAAAAGUGUUCUAAGUGAGGAUGCCAAAUGUUCUAACCAAUCAGAAGUGUUCUAAGUGAGAAUGCAAAUGUUCUGACCAAUCAGACAUUUUCCUAAGUGAAGAUGCAAAUGUUCCUCAAUAACCAAUCAGAAGUGUUUCUGAGUGGAAGUGUCAGUGAUACCUGUGAAAGCAAAGUACUUUCCAUGUACACUCAAUUAGCUGACACCAAUCCAUUUAGGAAACGGGGAAAUAUUCUGGAAAUAGUAAUUCUUUACAGAGACGGGAAAGUUUCCUUAUAAAACUGUAUGAUUGGCUCAUAGAGUGUAAUGAACAUGACAGAAUAAUUUACUCUAGUCAUCAAAAUUUUAUUAUUUAACAUAUGUGCAUUAUAGCAUAAACAAGGUAACUCUGAAAUGAUACCGUUGUGGGAGAUGAAAAUGGUGGUGCGACAUUUAUUUUGGAUGUUCUUUAUUGUUAUGACUGAUACUAAAUAUUUUUAUCCUUGAAAUCUGUUUUGAUGUACUUCAGAAUAAAAAUGUUUAUUUAAACCCAU